AUGGCAGCCAAAGCGACCGGAUUCCCCUACACACUAACAAUAACCCUCCCUCUUCCCUCCAUCCACCUCGCCUCCUCCGCCCUCCGCACCCUUGAAGUCGACACCGAACUAUCGCCCUUUGUCCAGCGGGACUUCGAACUCGUCGCUCCGUCCGCAUCUUCGGAAACCGAAACACAGAAGAUGGAAAUUGAGGAGGGAGAGAAAUCGGUGCUGAAGACUACGUAUCGUGCGACGACGAAUCGAAUGCUACGCGUUGCGGUUAAUGGAUUUAUGGAGAGUUUGGGGGUUGUGCUUGGAGUUAUGCAGGAGUUGGAUGUGGAUGUUUUGGAGAUGGAUCAGAGUCACGAGGAGUGA